AGCACCGUGGAGGGGAGACGUGUGUCUCUCUCGCUCUCCCGCGCCCAGCGACUUAAUAUUUCUCACUCGCGCUCCGUCCAUCGCGUUCAAAACGAAAUCUCACGCAUAGACACACGCACGCGUGUGACUCUUCCCCGUUCGUGUACGCAAGAAGCAAAGAACGAAAAUCCCCCCAAAAAAAACACCUAUACAGUUUUUAAACCCUGUAACUCGCCAAUAAUUAGAUUUCAAAAGUGUUUCAUGUAAAAAUUUAAAAUGGCAAGCACUAGAUUUAAGGUUAAUUAUCGCUGCUUUCUCUAAUUGCUAUAUUCGUCAAGAGGCGUAAGCACAAACCUCUGAAAUGAGUUCGAGUUUCAGACGUCAUUGAGACAUAUCAAGCAAAAAGUACCUGAAAUAAAAAAGUUUUUUUUUCUGCUAUUGCAUAACUUUUUGAUAAGCACAAAGAUGGAGGGAGUGCCGUACGAGGUGCUAUGGUGCCAGUGCCAGGGCAACGCGAGUGCCACGCCCCACCAGCUCCUCAUCCACGAGCAGAUGACCAAGAUGCACGCCGACGCCCAGCAGCACGCCCUCUGGUACGUGGGCGUGGUGCUGACGCUCUACCUCCUGGGGCUGGUGGUCAUCAUCAGGAGGUCCGGACGGAGCGAGAGACACACCGCCGUCUCGGCUCUCUCCUUCUGCUUCUCCCGCGUCGCUGCCUCCGUGUCAAGACGCAGCGCCAGGAGCAGCACAAGGGACACCCAGCACAGGGAUCCAGCUUCUAAUCCCCGUUCAGGGUCUCGACAUCACCAGAAGCAGCAGCAGCAGCAGGCUGUGCCUGGUCCCUCCCUCCAGCUGCACUUGAUAGCUGCUAAGGAAGAGCGGGAGAUUAGCGAAUCUUGUCUGACAACAGUGGCCUAGCAUCCGGUGGUGCGUGGCACUGCCUGGCAGGUCCCGACACACGCCGAGGUGCCCGAAGGACAGUAGCGGCGCCAGUGGACCGACGGGCAGCGAGAGGGGGCUCCUAGGGAUGAACCCACGGUAACUAUCGGCAAGAAUGUUCCCUCCGCUUGCUGCUUCGGGGUAUUGGAAGCCUUGGAGGUGUUCUGGUGUCCAGCUGCUCUUGAUGGCGCCUACUGUCCUCUAACCCUUGGUAGUGAUCUGAACUGUUUCUUGACCACUGUAGGGGUCAAUAUUCUAAACUAUAUACAGAAAACUUUUUUGCAUCUCAUUCCCACAGUGGUUAUGGAUGUAAACUGUGCCGACUGAGCUUCCAAUGGUCAAGAACACCACUGUAAACAGUGUACCAUGACGUCCAGCGGUUGAGUCUGGUGUACGAGGUCGUACAAUACCUACCGAAAUAUUUUCAGAGUCCAUUAAAGUUUUGGACCGUAGUUGGAGAACAGAGUAGCCCUUAAUUUUGAUUUUGAUUUUUGUAAUCUUCGUGAUAUUUUUCCCCAUUUACCAUUUUUGUGGAUUAGGAGCCACAGGAAUAUCCUUGGAAUACCGACUUGUCUCUGGCCAGUCGCCUGGCUGUGCUCGAUGAAUCCCGAAUUGAUGAGUAGAACAUUCCAGAAACCACUACUGCUGGGGGGCCAGCUUUUGUGGUCUUCACAUCUCUCUAAUACUCAUCGAUAGACACAGUCUAGUGAAACAUCACCUGAGAGACCACAGCUCUUGGGUCGGCCUCAGCCACCCACCCUGCUGAGAGCAGCACUCUUCACUCUCACACUGAUGCCAGCAGAACACACUACCAAGCACGUCAUACAACACAUGACAUACACCAACUGCCAUACGCUAAGAAAGGAUAAAAUUGAAUUACCUGUAUGUGUCAACGUACCGCCCAAUUAGAGGCUCAAUAAACCGCGUAUGGUCGAGUAAGACUUUGGUAAAAAUUUAAACCAAUAGACCAUCAAUACAAUAACAUAACGUGACGAGUAGAUGGUUGACUAAUUUCGACAGGUGAGUCGAAUUAUUAAUUACGCCCUGAGCUGAUUACUUAAGCCACGUAAGACAGGGGGGCCAGAAGCCUCAUAACUAGUAUUCAACGUGAUUGGCCGUUUGAUUGAUUGAUUAUUUGAUUGACCGUCUUGCUGAGAACUUCUUGCAAUCCCAUACCAACCGGCCCAAAGCAACUGGUUCAAAUCUGUCUGCUCUCUAAUAAAUCUGGUCCAAAUCUGCCCGCUCUCUAA